CUACCCAGGAAGUCGUCGUGUUACUUUUUCUCCACCUCCUCCUCUUCCUCCCGCAGUCCUUACGAGAAGCAAGGGGAACUGAGAAAGGGCAGUCAACUUGCCCUCAAAAAGUGGCUGGGAAACAAGCAGGGGGGCAGUUCCACACCGGCCGCGCCCGCGCCUUCGGUUUGCGCCGCGAAACUUCGCCGGUUGUCAUCGACGGAACGGCGGCGAGUCAUGGCCAACGGGAGGAGGAAGCGGCCACACGGCUUCACGAUGGAAGAGGAUAUAGAAAGUUGAGGAUCUGCCAGAAUCGUCACAUCACUCCAAGAUGAAUCCUGCCCCUCAUUAUAUUUCAUCCUGCUUCACAUUCAUUGGCACCGCUUUGUGUACGAAUAACUUUAGUAACCAACAAGGUUUCGACUCCAUGUCUCUGAUCAUGUACUUGUGAAGACACGCUGGCUGCCUGUCCCGUAUCCCAUUCCUAUUGUCUAUGACAAAGACACGUCUUCCUAGUCACACCCGUCCCUCCUGACCCCCCCCCUCCCGCUCUUUGAGUUUCUGGGCCAUGCUCCGCAAAAGAGGCUCCCUCGUUCUUUGUUGUAUGUUCCUGUUUAUCACCUGGAAUGCCAUACUGGUGCUUCUACUGUGGGGCAGACCCCCGCCCGGGCAGUCGGACAUGCCUGGCCAAGAGCAGGGGGACGUGGUGGCUCAAAUGCCAACCAAUGAUGUCGUGGGAGACGUGCUCCGAAUGGCGGACACGUUCGAAGCAGAGCUCGAACUGCAGAAAAAAAUCCUGAUCCAGAUCCAGAGUCACCAGUCACUUUGGGAGCCACAAAUCAUGAACAAACUGAAGGUGGCAGCCCCCCCCGAGCCCGUCAUUCCUAUCCUGGUUAUCGCUUGUAACAGGGUCACCGUGAGGCGCUGCCUGGACAAGCUCCUGCAGCACCGCCCUUCUGCGGAGCUUCACCCAAUCAUAGUGAGUCAGGACUGUGGACACGUCGACACUGCAGAGGUGAUUCGUUCUUAUGGAAAUCAAGUAACUCACAUAAAACAGCCGGACUUAUCCGACAUCGCCGUGCGGCCAGAGCACAAGAAGUUCCAGGGUUACUACAAGAUCUCCAGGCAUUACCGCUGGGCUCUCAACCAAGUGUUCAAGACCCUUUCUCACUCCUCAGUUGUGAUUGUAGAGGAUGACUUGGAGGUGGCACCAGACUUCUUUGAGUACUUCCGAGCCACGCUGCCACUCCUGAAAUCCGACCCCGAUCUGUGGUGUGUGUCAGCUUGGAAUGACAAUGGCAGGGAUGGCUACGUGGAUCCCGGGAAGGCUGCUUUGCUGUACCGGACGGACUUCUUUCCCGGUCUGGGCUGGAUGCUCCUCAGGGAGGCGUGGGAGGAGCUGGAGCCAAAAUGGCCCGCUGCAUUCUGGGACGACUGGAUGCGUCAGUCAGAGCAGCGGCGCAGCCGAGCCUGCAUCCGGCCAGAGAUCUCACGGACCUUGACGUUUGGCCGGCAAGGUGUGAGUCUGGGUCAGUUUUAUGACAAGUACCUGCGCUACAUUAAACUGAAUACCGAAUUUGUGCCUUUCACGAAGACCGACCUAAGCUACUUGAAGGAGGAGACGUACAGAAUCAGUUUUGAGAAGGAAGUUUACAGUGCUUCCAUGGUGAAGUAUGAAGAUGUUAAGCAGGGGCAGCUAAAUGGACCCGGACCCUUCCGCCUUCAAUACUCUAGUAAGAACAGUUUCAAAGUGUUGGCCAAAAACUUGGGAAUCAUGGAUGACUUGAAGUCGGGAGUUCCAAGAACGGGAUAUAGAGGAGUUGUCAGUUUCAUCUCGAGAGGAAGGAGAAUCUACUUGGCUCCUCCUCCAGGAUGGACACAGUAUGAUCCCACCUCGAGCUGAUAACUGAGGGGAAAGAUGCAGUAAACCUUUUGUCAGAUGGGGAGAGCAUUCCAGACCAAAGAGUGAAGUCCUUAAACUUUCUCUUGCAGUGAAUGAUAUAUACUCCAGUUCAUUGUCCUUGAUAAUAAUCCCUCUUUUCUGGUGCCAAUGCUACUCAGGUCUUUUUCAUUAUUCCAAACAUAUCUUACAGUGUAGGAUAUGGCCUAAACAGUUUGUUUGACAAAACUGCUGUAAUGCACUAAAGAUCUAUUUUUUAUACUAUGCUCAUUGUGCACAUGACAUUCAAGAACGCAUCCAAUGCAAUUACCCAAUUUGCCACUUUUGUUUAAAUUAUUUGCAAUUUCUCGUAGCCUAUACGAACUUUUUAUAUCUGGUAUGAAUAUGAAAUCAUAAUCUGUGGUAUGGUUGUUUUAUGGUGUUUCAUGUCUGCAUUAUAAUCCGUCAUUUGAUUCACAUUAUUUUUGUCAUGUAUGAAAAUCAGUUCUUCUAGCUAACGAUUAGUUUUAAAUGAUUUUUUUCAACGUUGUAUAUUCUGAAGCUUUCUUACUUUUCAAACUACGACAUCUCUGUGUUUGUAUAUUUUUGGAAUAAAAAAGAAUCAAUACACAAUUUUGCUUUAUAGAAAGAGACUUCAUAACAAUAUCCUUUAUGGAGUUAUUGCAAACUCAAUGUGUGCAGCCAAACAAUAAACAAGCAAUUAUAAUACAGUUCCUUAAGAUAGCAAAUUUGUGAGGCCGAAUCUUGGGGAAAUCUGUAAAAUCUGUCUAUGCACAGCAUCAUCUUUCCUCUUAUCUCCUCUAUAUGUGACUGAUUUAACUUUGCAGAAGGCUCCACGUUUUCUGGACAAGUCCAAGGUUGUAUAAUUAUAUUCAAUAUAUUCAAGUAACUCUGUGCAAAGCACAAUAAUAGAUGGUGUGGUUGACUGAGCUUGUUAGUAUAUUAAAUAUAAAGAGAAUUGGAAAUGGCAUGAUGGACAAUCUUCAUAAUGUUCUUGAUCAUCUUGCUCAGUCCAACAUGGAUUCAUGACCUGCAACAAAAUUCAUAACACGUCAUCCACCUUGAAUGCUUGUGCCAAGAUGUAAAUAAAAUAAGUAAUUAUGAA